GCUCUUGUUGCUCCCCGGUAAUGACCCAUAAUAAUCUUAGGUAAUACAUAUCCAUCUCAUUAGAGACUUCCGGUACUUUCUUUGUCCGGUUCCGCUGUUCUUUUUUUAAUCCAGGCUAUCCAAGGCUAAACUCAAAUUGACGUCACGUAACUCUAGAUGUAUAUCCAGCCUGUGUACCUAAUGACUUAAUUCUUUCGGAAGAUUUCAGGUAUAUUCUCCAAAUUCCAAUGACAGUUAAAUAUGGAUGUAUGAGUAUGUAUACAUGGGUAGGUACAUAUAGGCAAAGCGGCUACAUACCAAAUACAAAGUUUGACGUUCCGUCGUAAGGUACAUAUAUUUGUAUUGCUCUGAACCUUCAAAUAUUCCCAUAUCUAUUUCCGCUAGUAAGACAUUUUUUGAAUACUCGCUUCAUGUAGCAUCACUACUCGCCAUUUUCAUGUGCAAGGAUUAUGUCGUAGUUAACAGCAAAGCGCAAGCACGAUGCUCCUUCAAUUCCCUAUCAUUUAUCUAUUACCUACUCAUAUUGACCCCGACGAGUUGCCAGAGUGGGAGAGCAAAAUACCUACCUUAACCUACGAUAUCAACGAGGCCGAUGUCAUACUUGGGAAGAUAGCUAACAGAGAAAGGGCUAAGUUCGAACUAAGGCGCAGGAAGAUUCUAACCGAAGACGUUCCUUCAGCAUCGGACUCCUCCUCGGGCUCAUAUGGUCCACCACUAAAGCGUAGGAAACUCUCGGGUUCAUCAUCUCCAGAAUCCACAUAUAGUUCUAAGCAAGGGGUUGUCCAUGAUAGGGAUGGGAGCCCCGAUGAUGGUACGGGUGUUCGUGUCCCGGUCGGUCAGAAGGGUCAGAUGGUCGGCAGCAUAGACACGGAAGAUGAUAAAUCAAUUAUCAAAGUCGUCAAAUUGGCAUGGUUCAUCGACUGCUUAGCUCAAGAGUCCAUCCUUCCGAUAGAUGACUACCUGAUAUACCGGGGCCGUAAGACGCAGAAUGUGACCAAUGAGCCUCCCCUGAACCCCAAUGAUGUUCUCCAACGCGCGAUGCACGAAGGCGGGAACGAGCGGCCUACUUCAAGAGGAGAAUCGGCUCAACAUUUACGGACCUUGGGUAAUGUGAAGCGCCCUGCCUUGAUUCAAGAGUCGACUUCGGAACAUGAAGACCGUUCGCAGAUGCCCCCAAUUCCCGACUACCUACACACCCCUUAUUCUUGUCAACGUCCGACCCCCUUUACUCCACCCAACAAAUCUUUCAUCGAGGAACUAUACAAGGUUCGAACACUCAGACAACUCAAAAACGACGAAAUAGGUGUCAGAGCCUACUCUACAAGCAUUGCAUCUCUAUCGGCUUACCCAUAUCUCAUCUCCAAGCCAAGUGAAAUAGCUAGGCUCCCUGGGUGCAGUGAUAAGAUUGCCGAACUCUAUCGGCAAUGGAAAGCAAAUGGCUGUCUAGAAGAGGUUGAAGCCGCCAAAGCAGACCCGAAGAUGUCGGUGCUCCAAGAUUUCUACAACAUAUGGGGCGUUGCAGCGACGACCUCUCAAGAGUUCUACAAGAAAGGGUGGCGAGAUCGUGAUCACAUCGUUGAAUACGGUUGGGACAGCCUAACACGAGUCCAACAGAUCGGCCUUAAGUACUACGAUGAAUUGCAGGAGAAGAUUCCCCGUUCCGAAGUCGAAGGAAUCGGACGGACCAUCCUAGGCCACACAAAUAAACUCUGCAAAGGCUUUCAGAUGGUUAUUGUCGGCGGCUACCGAAGAGGCAAGACGGAAAGUGGUGAUGUCGACGUAAUCCUCAGUCAUCCGGAAGAGAGCGUCACUUCCAACUUCAUAGUCGAAAUUGUUAAUAGUCUGGAGAAGGAAAAAUACAUCACUCACACGCUGACCAUGAGCACGAAGAAUAGCGAGCGAGGGCAAACUCCGGUGUCAUGGAAGGGACAGAAUCGCAAGGCAGGUGCCGGUUUCGACACGCUUGACAAGGCGCUUGUGGUAUGGCAGAACCCGCACUGGGAUAAGAAGGCGUCGUCGAAAAACCCAAACCCCCACCGCAGAGUCGACAUCAUCAUCAGUCCCUGGGUGACGGCGGGCUGUGCAGUUAUUGGCUGGACUGGUGCUACCACAUUCGAAAGAGACCUGAGAAGAUAUUGCAGGCAUGUAAAGGGCCUGAAGUUUGAUAGUAGCGGUGUCCGCAGUCGGACAGACGGAAGCUGGGUGGAUCUCGAGAGCGACGCCAACGGCCCAGCCCCGGAUAUGCUGACAGCGGAGAGGAGGGUCUUUGAGCGGUUAAGCUUAGAGUGGCGUCCGCCGGAAGAAAGGUGUACGGGAUGAAUUCGUUUAUUAAACUCAGGAUAAUGUUUUGUAUCAUAAAUGAGAAAUGAGACCAUGAUACGAACU